GGAAGCCAUCCGAAAGACAUCAGGAAUCCCAAAGAACAAACGGUAUUUACUCUAUUUGCAUUAAUUUCACUCGAUUCCUUUUAUUCGUUUCUUUUUUGCUUGAUUUCUUGAGCUCUUUUCGAAUUCCGCUAUUUUUGGGUCAAAGGGUGUCGAGGCAAUGACCUCCUCACGCAUAAUGGGCGUAUCAGACUGGUUUUACGCCUUCCUCUCAUAUCUUGGACUUUACCGGCCAGCGAAGUUCGUUUUCGUUGGGCUCAACAACGCCGGGAAAUCGAGCCUGCUUCAAAACUGUGCAGACAAUCUGCCAGGCUUCGCUGUAGCCACAUCGAACACCGGCACAGAGACGCUAACCAAGGGCAUUGUUUUAUUCACCGCUCUCGACGUCGGCGGUCACCACCGAAACCGGGAGCUAUGGACAAAGAGCAUCUGUGGGGCGUCGGCUAUCAUCUAUAUGGUCGACGCCCAGGAUGUUGAGCGAUUUGACGAGGCCGCAGCAGAACUCCAUGCUCUAUCUGCUGCUGAGGGACUCGACGGGGUCCCCUUCUUAGUGCUAGGAAACAAAAUUGACCGCCCUGGCGCAAUCACGUCAGCGCAGGACAUUUGGGAUCGACUUCGGGUGCACGAGAUUGAAAACCGAACAAUCAAGGUAUUCAUGUGCUCAGUAACCACUAGAGUGGGAUACGCGGAGGGUAUUAGAUGGCUUUCAGACAAGAUAUUAUUAUAGGGAAUUCCGAGGUCCGCGAUCACGUCUUUCUUCCGCCGACUUCUGGUCCCCCUCUGGAUCCUUGUGCUGAGGACUCCGGGCUCGUGCAGCACCCUUCAGCAGCUUCCAGCUUUCAGUGUAAUUUGGUCCGGCGCCUUCUAGGGCGGAGCUUAGAGUCAACGACAUUGCUGACACGAGCUUAAUAAAGCUGACUAUUUAAUACUAAAUCAUUUGUCACUUGUUUAUCUUUUCUAAAAAAAAGCUUAAGGUCACCAAAAAAUAAGAAAAAGAAGAAGAAAAAGAAAAAGGAAAAAGAAGCAAAGAGAGAAAAAGAAGGAAAGAGAGAAAAAGAAGGAAAGAGAGAAAAAGAAGGAAAGAGAGAAAAAGAAGGAAAGAGAGAAAAAGAA